CUGAGUCGGUAUAGUAACUGUAAGUUUGGUGGGAAUUCGAAGCUGAACACAAAUUGAAGGAAGGACGUUGUCGAGUCAGAGGCAUACUAUUUUGCUGGUUGAAAAAUAAAAACCGAAAAAUUUUCAAUGCUUUCGACUACAGUGAUCAACACAAGAAGUCCAGUCACAUUCUCAGAAGAGAUAAGAGGUAGAAGACAUUUCAAUCAAGCACAUAGAAGAACCUCUUUAUUCGGUUCAGAAAAUGAACCACAGUGUUUUGAAGAGCAUACUAAGAAUCCUGUAAAUGGCAGUUAUGUUUUACAUAAUGGAAUGAAUAAUGGUCGUGAAACUCUGAAAAUUCAUCAAAACCAUAAUGAAAACGAAGUUGAUCGGCUUGUGGGAGAACGUAGUAGUCAAGAUAUCCGAAAAGCCCCCAUAGAAAACCACACAAUAGAUAAUAAAUAUUCGAUUUGUAAUGGCAACAGAAGCAGAGAAGAACCCGUGAAUGGUUCAAAAGUUGAAAAAAAUGGUGAAGCAAAUAAUUACAGGAAGGAUGAAAGCCUAGAUUCGAAUUUUCACGAAGGAUAUAACGAAAAUUUGAAAGAUACCAGUGGAGUAGAACAUCUGAUUCAAGCUGCUAAAGAAAGAGCUAGAAAAAGAGAACUGGAUAGAUAUAAAGUCGAUGAAGACUCAUUUCUCCUUGAAACACCAGAAAAGCCAAAAAGUAGUAAAGAACAAAAAAGAGGAAUGAUCAAUGCACCAUGGCAUACAGAUCCAGAUGAAGGGAUUGGCUCAGAAAAAUACCAGAGACGAAAUGGAAGAAUUGCCGACGAAGCACCUAAUGUACAACGUUUAAAGUCAAGGUCUCAAAGUAUCACUCAACAGGAUUUCCCAAGAUAUUCUGCUCAAGAACUAAAAGAGUGUAGACAGAAAGUAAGUUAUUAUGGGAAUAAAGAGUCAAUGGAAUGGUCAUUUAAUCAACAAGAUGAUGCGAAUAAUGGAACUGACGAAAAUGGAUCCAAUUAUCAUAAAUCGUCUGCAGUUAUUGGUCAAGGUUUUAUUGAUAGAUAUGGAUUAAAAACGCCAUCAUUAUAUAAGAAGAAAAAUGAUGAUAUACCGGUAUCUGCAUCUGCUCUACGCAACAGUCCAUAUGCAUUCCAUGGAUAAUUAAAGUGAUACAUGGUCAAAAUUGAUCACUGAUUCAAUACAUGAAUGAAUGAAUAAAUCGAUGAAUAUAAAAUCCUACAACAGUGGGUUAGGAUAACAUUUAUUGUUAGUUAACCAAAGUAUACUCACGCCCACAUUACAUUGUAUCGCAUAUUAUAAAAUGUUAUACAUAGUUUGUAAUAUUUUAUUAACGCUGUUAUUGUUAUUAUUACUACUACUAAUAUCAUAAUUGAUCGUUUGGUUGAGUUUAUGGGUUUACUGCUUUCUUAUUCUUUGCCUCAUUAUUAUUGUUGUUAUUAUUAUUAUUACCCUUAUAAUUUCAGUUUUACAUGUUUCAAAAACACCUAAAUUUACUUUCAUAUACGUAUAUAUUGAUGAUGAUGGUCAACUACUAUAGUUACCAUCAUUGUAUGAAAGUAUUGCCCAAAGACACCGGUUGAAAUCAAUCAAUCGAUCAGUCAACCAACUGAAACGGUGAAUAAUCUCAAAAAUCAACAACAAAAACUGUAAAAAAAAAACCCGUCUUGUUUCUCUUCUACUUACAACAAUAAUAAUAACAAUAACCAUUUAUUAUUAUGCAUUCUGCAUAUUUACGAUAUAACAAAAUAUUGAAAACAUAAACUGUGCUUGUUGACUUU